AUGGAGACUGAGCAGUACACUCCUGCCCCUUUUUUUGUCCUGAAUUGGAGAAUCUCCCCUUCUGAUCCAGCAGGCUUCUCCAGAUAUUUAGACGGAAAAACGCCAAACACAUUGCUGCUCUUAGGGCUGUUGUGGGAGCCUCGUAGCUUCCAGCAGGCUGCAGAAGCUCUACAGGGACUUGUUCAGCUUCGCUUUCAUGACGUGCUGUGUGGUGGAAGUGGGCCAGCGACACCAUCUCUUAAUUGCAAGGACAGCGGCUUAACCAGCGCCAACAGACACACUGCGGGGGUGAGAUUUCGGGAACGCUCCGCAGCCCCCACCACGACGGCGCCAGCCGGGCUGGGCUCCAAGAGGAAAACUGAACGGGGCAGGUCUGACCCAGCUCAGCAGCCUGCUCCCGGCGCUCCCGAAGGAGGGGCUCCCGAAGGAGGAGCUCCCGAAGGGGCAGCCCCCGGUGGGGGUCCCCCCGGGGCUCCCCCCAAUCUGACCAGCAAUCGCCGCCUGCAGCAGACGCAGGCCCAAGUGCAGGAGGUUGUUGAUAUAAUGUGUGUAAACGUCGACAAGGUGCUGCAACGAGACGAGAAGCUGUCAGAGCUGGAUGACCGGGCGGAUGCACUUCAGGCCGGCGCCUCAGUAUUUGAAAGUAGUGCAGCAAAACUCAAAAGAAAGUACUGGUGGAAGAACUGCAAGAUGAUGAUCAUAAUGGGAGUGAUUGGUGCCCUUGUGGUGGUGGUGAUUGCACGUCCAGGGUGGUCUCUGAAAGUAAACUUGUGGCUGUGGCUUUAUGAGCGAUUCCCUUGUUUUUCUCCAUCAAAAGUAACAAGAGGUGUGAGUUGUUUGAAUGGGUUGUCAGACAUGGUGAAACACUCCCAUUUUGGUGCUUUUACUCUGGCACUGCUGGCCUUGCCUCUUGUUUUCAUCCGGACCAAGCUCACUGUACAUCUGCUGAGCUCAUUUGUGGUCUUGCCAGCCUACGAGAAAGGAAGAAGAGGCUUAGCAGAGUUUUUGUGGGUGGAUCAGAUGAGGGCUGGGAGGAGCAGAACAGGCACUGCAUGA